AUGUCGGAGUUUCUGGUGAGUCUAUUCGGGGAGCGGCUCGUCAACAGCGAGAAAGCCGAGGUGGAUGUGCAGUCGCUGGGCGCCAAGCUGUCCCUGGUCGGGCUCUUCUUCGGAUGCAGCCUGAACGCCCCGUGCAAGCAGUUCAACGGCAGCCUGUGCGAGUUUUACAGCAGGUUCAAAAAGGCGUCUGAACAUAAGGACAAAUUGGAAAUCGUCUUCAUUUCGUCUGAUCAGGACCAGAAACACUGGCAAGACUUUUUGCAGGAGAUGCCAUGGCCUGCCUUACCUCUCAAAGACAGACACAAAAAGAUGAAGCUGUGGAACAAAUACAAAGUAACUAGUAUCCCAUCUCUGGUGUUUGUGGACGCAGCCACGGGGAAGGUGGUGUGUCGGAAUGGUCUACUGGUGGUCAGAGAUGACCCUAAAGGCCUGGAGUUCCCCUGGGGGCCGAAGCCAUUUGCAGAGGUGGUGGCAGGGCCUCUGCUCAGGAACAACAGGCAGACAACUGACAGCAGCUCUCUGGAAGGCCACUACGUGGGCGUCUACUUCUCAGCACACUGGUGUCCGCCAUGCCGCAGUUUGACCCGAGUCUUGGUGGAAUCAUAUCGAACCGUCAAAGAGUCGGGUCAGAAGUUUGAGAUUGUGUUUGUCAGCGCUGACAGGUCAGAGGAGUCCUUUAUGCAGUACUUCAGCGAGAUGCCGUGGUUGGCGGUGCCAUAUUCGGACGAGGCUCGACGGUCACGACUCAACAGACUUUAUGGAAUACAAGGUAUUCCCACGCUGAUUCUGUUGGACGCAGAGGGUCACGUGAUUACGCGACAGGGCCGCGUGGAGGUGCUGAACGACCCGGAGUGCCGGCUCUUUCCCUGGCACCCUCGGCCCGUGCUGGAGCUCAGCGAGUCCAACGCGGUGCAGCUCCACGAGGGGCCCUGCCUCGUCCUGUUUGUGGACGCUGAAGAGGAAGGUGAAUUGGAGCCAGCAAAGGAGCUGAUUCAGCCAAUUGCGGAGAAGCUUAUGGCCAAGUACAAAGCCAAGGAGGAGGAGAUGCCGCUGCUGUUCUUUGUGGCUGGAGAGGAUGACAUGAGUGACUCCCUGCGGGACUACACUAACCUCCCAGAAGCAGCUCCUCUUCUCACCAUCCUGGACAUGUCGGCCCGGGCCAAGUAUGUUCGCGACGUAGAAGAGAUCACGCCGGCCGAAGUGGAGCAAUUUGUCGGCGAUUUCCUGGCUGAAAAGCUCAAACCAGAGCCCAUCUAAAGAGAAAGUCCAAAUAUAAAUCGGACAUACCAUAUGGGACUCACUCCAUCAUCGAACCCCGACCUGUUGCUACCCCCCCUCCCCCUCACCCUUCCCAGCCUCCCACUAUCUCUCCUGCCUCCCCCCUGACUUUGUCAGACUGUUAGAGAGAUGUCUCACUUUUUACUGACAUUUUAACAUUUUUUAGACAUGUUCCUCUUUUUCCUGUGGUGCCUUGCAUUGACGAUAGUCCCUACAGUAAUAUAUAUAUGGAGAUUCUGUUGGUUCUUUUUUUUUUUUUUUUUUUUUUUGGCCUAAAGUCACUCUAUAGCUUCUGAACUCUAGAGAAAACCUGAGAAUUACUCAGUGGACCUAGCCUGACAAGCCAGACCCACAUGACCCUGGCUGCAAAUUAUUGAUUGAUGAUUUCUAGGCUACAGUGGACCUACUUAUUCAGCUGAUUCUUUGCUUUCCGUUUUGUCUGCGUGAUCUUUGUUACUUUUGGUUUCUGAAUGAUGUUGAGAAAGAAUAAAAUGCAUUUUUACAGUUGUAAUUCACAUGUAGUGCAAAUGUGCUAAACCUCAGUUGGAUGUAGCCGCAAGCCUUUAUGGCCCCAUUUAAAGAAAAAAACUAAAACCGGUGCACAUACAGUAAAGAUCACAUUAUACUUGCUUGUAACAGACCAAUGACUGAUGUUUUAAAACCCCUGUGUCUUGUUGUGCGUGUUAUGUGAGUGAAAGUCAUCUCUUGCCGGUUGUUGAUGGUGGUUCUCAUCUCAAAGUCAUUAUGAGGAUUUUCUGUGAAGGUCCCUAAUGAAAAGGUUAUUUCUGAAGGAGCAGAAAUGGCAUUUGAAGUGUUGAUUGUAUAAAUCCCUGUAUUCUGUUACUUAAGUACUGAAUUGUCACACCCAUUAAAAAUUCACUGGCAAGCA